GCUCUUCAACUGGUUAAGCGUUAAUUUAUUGUCAGCACAAAUUCUCUUAUCAUGUGAACUUUGAUGUCCGACCUUUGUUUGUUUUGUACAAGCAGAUCUGGUGCGGAUUUGAAUUUUGCAGCAAUCAAACCCCACGUUAUCAGUGUUUGCUUCUUCUAAUUUCCUGUGAAUACUCUUUCAAUUGCUGGAUAUUUUACAGGCUCCCGACUUCUCAGAGUGUCUCUUUGCACUGAUUUCUGGCUGUUGUUUAGCCGAACAUCCGCUCUGCACCAAACAAUCAUCCGGUUAGGAAUAAUGGUCUGCAACAAAAUAAUCAUAUUUAGCAUAGGAGUUGCUGUUGGCACAUUGUUGGUGGAUAUUGGAGGUGUCCUGAUACCUGUUGGAAAUGGGAUUGUACAUCAGACGAUAAAUAAGGAAGCCGUUAUUGAAGAAGGCACUCUUGCUUAUGAGAACUGGAUACAAACUGGAAGUCCAGUCUACAGGCAGUUCUGGCUCUUUGAUGUGAAAAAUCCAUCAGAAAUCCUGAAUAAUGGAUUUAAACCAGUGCUUGAGCAAAGAGGACCCUAUACCUACCGUGUGCGGUCUCUUCAGAAGAGCAACGUUACUAUCAAUGACAACUACACAGCCUCAUACCUUCAGCCGUAUUCAGCCAUCUUUGAGCCCAACAUGUCAAUGGGAUUAGAAACAGACACAUUGACAGCCCUCAACCUUGCUGCUGCGGCUGCACCUUCUCUGCUUCCAGAAAAAUUACACGGUAUGGUUAACAAUGCCUUGAAAAAGGUAAACGCCUCCCUGUUUCAGAUUAAAACAGUGAAGGAGUUACUUUGGGGAUAUGAAGAUCCUUUACUGAAGAAACUGACCCCAAAGGACCCCAUCAUUGGUAUAUUUUACCCGUACAACGGAACAGCAGAUGGAUACUAUAACGUGUUCACUGGCAAAGACGACAUUAGCAACGUUGGCAUCAUUGACCGCUGGAGAAAUAAGAAGAAGCUACCCUUUUGGAAUGACUCUUACUGUGAUAUGAUCAAUGGCACAGAUGGAAGCUCAUUUCCACCAUUUCUUCACAAUGAAAAUAAAGUGUUUUUUUUCUCCUCUGACAUUUGCAGAUCCAUCUAUGCUGAAUAUGAACAAAAGAUAUCAGUGAAUGGCAUUCCUGUCCACCGUUUUGUUAUUCCUCCUGAGGCUCUUGCAUCCUAUGUGGAGAAUCCUGACAAUCAUUGUUAUUGCAAAGACCCGACAAUUUCACACAACUGUACCUUCAAAGGAAUCCUGGGGAUUAGUGCCUGCAAAGAGAGUAAACCAAUUUAUAUUUCACUUCCUCACUUCCUGUAUGCCAGUGAUGAAAUUGUGAACUCAUUUAAUGGCAUGAGGCCCAACAAGGAAGAACAUGAAACCUUCCUUGACGUGGAACCUGUUACUGGAUUUACCUUGAGAAUUGCAAAACGUAUCCAAAUCAACUUAAUGUUUAAACCUUCAGAGAAAAUUGAAAUAUUACGUAAUAUUAAGGAGCCAACAUAUUUUCCACUGCUCUGGCUUAAUGAGACAGCUACUGUUGAUGACGAAACUGCAAAGUUGUUCAAUGAAUCAUUGAUAGACCCCACGACAGCACUUGGAAUCUCUCAGCUAACCUUGAUGUGCUUAGGAGGUCUGCUUCUUAUUCCGUGUGCAAUUGGUCUUUGUAUUUCUCUUUGUAUGACUUCAAGGCCCAAAAAAGCGGAGAGCUACAAAAAUGACAACGCGCGCUAAAGUAAUCCAAUGGGUCAGGCAGCAUCUCUGGAGAACAGGAUAGGUGAUGUUUUGGGUCGGAAACAUCUUCAGGGUGAAUUUGUUUGAAUAGAUAACCCAUGAAGAAGAGCAGAAUGUAAUAUUUUAACCCUGCUUGAAAUUGAAUAACCACUGUGCUUCUAAUUUGAUUUUAUAUAAAAUGAUCGAUUUGCUGAAAUAAUUGGCAGAUUUUAAUAUUGGUAAUAUUAAAAACAGUUGGUAAUAUUUUGUGAUCUUUGUCUAAUGUUGGUGUUGCAUAUAAUGGUCUUUGUUCAACAAUAAAAAUAGAGGAGGUGGGGAGGCUUUUCAGAGGACUAAAAAGCCAGAAAUCUCCAGGACCUGACAAUGCUUCCCCCUCUACUCUUAAGCUCUGUGCCAAACUGCCAAACCAGAUUUUUAACCAGUCCCUGCAAACAUGUACUGUCCCUGCCUGCUUCAAAGCCUCUACUUUUGUCCCUGUAUCCAAAAAGGCAAGGAUUACUUGUCUUUAUGAUUACAUGACUUAAUGACUUAAUGUCGCAUUGACCUCUGUAGUCAUGAAGACACUCGAAAGGCUUGUGCUGGCCAAGCUGAAAAAUAUCACAAACUCCCUGCUGGACUCUCUGCAGUUUGCAUAUCGGGCCAAUAGAUAUGUGGAUGAUGCAGUCAACCUGUGCCUGCAUUUGAUAUAUAUUUCUAGGUUAAAUCAGCUUGAUUUAAUAUUACUUGUUUUAUAAUGUUAGAAAUACCAUCAGGGUGAUUUACAUUGAGAUUUGAAUAAAUUCACUUGAUAAGAUAUUUGGAUGCAUCUUGGAGAUUUUUGAUUGAAUGUUAAAAAAUAAUAAAGGGAUAAAAUUGAUGCCAGUGCAAGCUUCCUCCAAGAAUGUCAACUGCACACACAUUAAUCUUCAAUGAUAGUUUAAAAUAAUCAUUAUCAGAUCAGAUUUCCAUAAUAUAUCCCGGGGAAUCAGAUAUGAAGAUAACUUAUUUCUAAACUUUAUGCCAGAUUACCAACAUUGCUAAUUUAACCCGUUUAUAUUGACUGAAUAUAUUGCCAAUGUACUUUCAAAGUUAGGCUGAUCUGAAACCAGUUGUCUAACACCAUUAUUGACGAACAUUGUCCUUUGGAAGCAGUGCCCAAUUGUACUGCUGGUACUGUAAUGCACUUAAGUACCCGUGACCAAACAUACAUUUCAAAGUCUAGGGUCUUUACUUUAUCCCAUGGCUUUA